CGGUGAUCAUGUUGGGACUGGCGCUCCAUAUGACCUGGGCAUCCGAUGCAUCACACAACGCUCAGGCUACUAUCCCAGACAUAGGUGUACUUCAACUCUUGUGGUUGGGUCAUCGUUCAGCGUCUAUCAACGACAUUCUGGAAGAUGUGGAGCAUCCGACAGAAGCCAAUUUGCGGCGAGCAGGCAUGAUAGAUGUUUGUUUUGCAAAAAAAAUAUCUAACGAGGAAGAGUUUGGGAGUUCAAUUGCCAGCGAUAGUUUCUCUUCUGGGGUCGACCACGGUCGUGAUGAUGAGAUGUGAUUUAGGUUUGAGAAUAAAGGGGUGGUGGACUGCUGCUUAUUUAUACUAUGUCUUGUCUUUACGUUGUUCAUACUGCUCUGGUGCGGGAGGUUUGUAUUAUGGAUGUUUUGUUUUUGGUGUCGUUUCUCAAUUUAGAUGCUCUCUGAAAAACGAC